AAUAUCUAGUUCGUUAUAAUAUAUUGUUUGAGAUGAGAAUUAUGAAUAUAAAUAUUGGCGGCGUAAAGGCCCCAAAAUUGUUUAAAUCAGUGAGAAAUUCUUUGGCCGCUGUGAAUUUGUUAUUUAUGUUUACAGGUUUGAUACUCCUCAUAAUUGGAAUUGCGUGUUUGGUGGCUCACAAGGCGUAUGAAGAUUUAUUGACAAAUCGAUUCAUCUCAUUACCAGCAUUUGUCAUAGCGACGGGAAUUCUCAUAAUUUUAAUAUUUGCACUUGGUUUUUAUGGAGCAUUUACAGAACACUUUUAUGCCGUGGCUGCAUACGCAGCAUUAAUGUUAGUGAUAUUGAUAUUUGAAAUGUCGAUAACGAUCGUCGCGUUUGGCCUUCGCAAUGAUGCGGUGGCCGAGAUAAGAAACCCAAUGGCCCAGAGUCUGAGUCUAUAUGAGAGUAGACGAGAAGUAGCCAAGUUAUGGGAUGAUAUGCAAAUGGCUUACGAAUGCUGCGGUGCUGCAGGCCGCCAUGAUUUCGCUUCAAGUCGUAUCCCAGUGAGCUGCUGCCACAUAGAUUAUGGAACUGUAUCACCAUUCACCUGCAACCUCAGUAACGCAUACGUCACGGGCUGUGCAAUAGCACUCGGCGGCUCUCUCAGUAAGAACGCGUUUACCAUUGGUGUCAUUGGCGCGCUUUUCACAUGCAUACAGGCGCUAUUGACGGCAAUGUCAGGGUGGUUGGCAUGGAGAUCAAAAUUUGAAGAAGUUCAAUUGGAGUCAUAAAAUAUGUUUUUUUCUAAUAAAUUAUUUAUUAUUAUUUAAUAAUCAUUAAAAAGUAUUGUAAAAUUCUUUUAGUUAA